AUGGACCGCGAUAAUUUAAUCACAGAAAUUAACCGGGUCAGAUGGUCAGAACCGUUCGCCCGUUAUUUGAUACUCACCUCUGGCAUGACCUUCUUUACCGCAGGCUAUGUUGUGAGCUCUGGAAACAUUCUGCCUCUCGCCCUGCCAACAAUCUACGGCAGCGCCAAUUAUAAAAGUGUCGAGUUCGCAAAGAUAUCUCUCCGUGUGGGUAUGCUCCUCGGACAAUUGAUCUUUGGGGUGGUUGGAGAUUUAUACGGAAGACGGCGAGCAUGCAAUUUAACCUUGAUGCUCAUAUUAGCCGGCACAUUGUCGAGCUGUGUUUUGGGCGAUGGUCCGGGUUUACGCAUCGCUGCUAGUUUGGUAAUAAUUCGCGGCCUUCUGGGUAUCGCAAUUGGUGGAAUUUAUUCCACAGCUAUACUUACGGUUUCGGAGUUUGCUCCGACCGAUCAAAGGCCAACAAUGCUGGCCACUAUUUUCCUGGCAUAUAUAUGCGGUUCUUUCUUCGCGCUUUUAAUCACUGUUGCGGCCCUGGCCGGGUCAACUCAAAUUGACAGCAUAUGGCGCCUCGUUAUUGGCCUUGGUCUUGUUCCCGGAAUUAUGGCUCUUGGACUCUGUCGACUGCGGCGAAUUCCAGAAACUCCAUAUUAUAAGGCGGACGUCGAACGCGAUUUCGUUGCAGCCAACGAGAUCGUUGAUUACGCCCAAGGAAAAAGAAAGCACCUGAAUAGACGCGACCCAAUACAACACAACGGGGGAAUACUAUUAUGGGGUAGGGGGCUUUUCCGCUACAUGCGCAGAGAUUUCCGGACAUAUGUUGCGAUAUGUGGCGCUUGGUUUAUUGUAGAUGCGAGUGCAUAUGGCUAUCGCUCUGAUAUCCGGCUGCAGGAUAUCGACCUCAACCAGAAUGUUGGGGAUAUUCAUGGCUUGUUAAUGCUAGUUAGCACUAGUGAUGCCAUUCGAGUGUCCCUUGGUUCUAUAAUCGGGGCCAUUAUGACCCUCGUCUUCAUAGCCCAUUUAUCGCGUAAAAGGAUAAUGUAUCUUGGCUUUGGUUUCUCAGCCAUUCUGUUCAUCGUCUUUGGAUUCUUCUCGGGCAAGAUGGGAUAUAUCCCCUAUUUAACCAUUUCUACGAUGGUAAUGAACUGUGGCCCACGCAAUACCGUUCAACUUCUUACGGGAUUGCGGCUGCGAGUGGUAGAUUAG